GUGCUUGCGUGGGGAGGAGAAAGGUGGUACCCGUUUCACGGAAGCUCCUGACCACUCGCCAACAUGGUAGUUUUCACGUGCAAUGCGUGUGGAGAAUCUGUGAAGAAAGCGCAAGUGGAGAAACACGUGAACAUCUGCAGAAACUGUCAGUGCCUUUCUUGCAUGGAUUGUGGCAAGGAUUUCUGGGGUGACGAUUAUAAGGAACAUGUGAAGUGUGUAAGCGAAGACCAGAAAUACGGUGGAAAAGAUUUUGAAGCCAAAACUAAUAAAGGAGAUGCUAAACAACAGGAGUGGAUUCAGAAAAUUCAUGAAGUAAUGAAGAAGCCAAACAUAAGCCCUAAAGUGCGGAACAUUCUGGAGCAAAUGCGUGUCUUUGAUAAUAUUCCAAGAAAAAAAGGAAAGUUUCAGAAUUGGAUGAAGAACAGUUUGAGAAUUACCGACAGCACUUUGCAAGACCAAGUGUGGGAUAUUUUCUCUGAAGCAACCAGAAAUAUUUCAAGUGAAAAAGAACAAGACAAACCACAACAGAAGGAAGAGGGGCAGUCUGCAGAAACUGUGGAAAAAACAAAGGGAGAAGAAAAUGGAAUUACGGAUGAUAAAAUGGAGAGGAAAAAGAAUAAAAGAGAACGAAAAGAAGAGAGGCAAAAGAACAAAAAGAAGGAGAAAAAAGACUUGAAAUUAGAAAACCAGUCAGAAGUAAAAAAGAGUAAAAAGUCCAAAAAAGGAAAGGAGAGCUUGGAGAAUGAAUUUGAAAUAAAUGGAAAUGGCCAUCAGAGUGAAAUAGAAGAGGAAACAAAUGUAAAGAAGCGCAAACAUAAACAUGCAGAAGAGGAACCUCAUAUCACAACAAAGAGAAUGAAAACUGAAAACACUUCAGAAGACAUGGAAACAGAAAACGCCAAUGGCAAUGAAGAAAACGUGGGAACAGAUAAAGGUAAAUUCAACUGGAAGGGAACCAUCAAAGCUGUUCUGAAACAGGCUCCAGACAAUGAAAUUUCAAUUAAAAAACUAAGAAAAAAGGUUAUAGCUCAAUAUUAUGCAGUAGCUGGUGAACAUCACAAAUCAGAAGAGGAUAUUCUGGUCCUAUUUAAUAAGAAAGUGAAUAACAAUCCCAAAUUUAAAGUUUUAAAGGACAAAGUUAAACUCCUGAAAUAAGAGUUUGCGCACUUUUCAUAACCUUGCAUUUUAAUCUUGCAGACUUGAGUCAAAUUCUUCUGUCAGCUGUACGAAUACGUGCAUCGGUCUCAAUUUAAAUUGUGUAUGUGAGAGCGGAAUUUAACUUUUAAGACUGGAUUCCUCUUUUUCUAGAUUUAUCACAGAACAUUUUCAGAUAUUUUUUGAUGUUAUGGAAAAUUUAUAUUUUUUGGUACAAGUUUUAAGAGGCAUUGAAAAUAAUUACUGCCUACUGUAUUAAAAUUCUUCCAGUAAUGGAUAUAAUUUAUAGGCAUAAAUGUUUAUCAGGACCUGGGUUGUGGAGCUUUUUGCAGAAACUACUGUAAGAGCAAACAGGAUUCUCAUACUCAAAAACCCACUGUGGAGUAACUGUUUUGUUAUGCUAAAAUUCAAAAUGGUAUGACUGAUACCCCCUUACACACUGUAGCUAUAUGCAAGCUUUAAAUACCUGUUAAUUCUGUGUUGUAAAAUGCAUAAUUAAAGUGUCUGUCAAGUUUGUGUAUGUAAUAUUGCACAAUCAGUGAAAAUCUAAAGACUGUGUUACCUGUAUAAGCAUAGUUGCUGAAUGUUUUAAUUAGGAAUGCAACCGACUUCAAUAUAAGUGGUCACAUGGACUAAAAAUUGACUGAUGAAAUAAAUUACUUUAAAACACCACCUUAAAGAUAAUAGAUCUUGCCACUUCAUGAUUGUAUAAUAAAGUCAUAGAUAUACAAAAUUUGAAGAGGCUGUUACAUUGCAGUCAAAACAAUUUAGGCAGGCUAGAAAUCUUACAUGUCUGUAAGAGGCAGAGUUGCCUGGGGAAAGUUAUGUGAACUUUACAGGGUUUUAAUCAAAUGCAAAAUACUUCCAGACAGGGAGUUUCCUACCAUGAACACUUGUUGAAGGAUGUUAAGAACCUACCAUGUUAAAAUCCUACCAUGAAGGAUGUUAAAAACAGUGGUAGAAAGCCAGUGAAAAUUUCUUGCAGUAGAUGGUACAGUGCUUUGGGAAAUUGCAUAGCGAUUUCGAGCAGAUACACUUUUGUAAAA